UCUGGCUUUGCUUCUUUUCCUCCAUUCUCAUCUGCCAGUGUCUGGACUCCCUGGGCCUUCAGGCAGACAUUUUCAGGAGCACAGGCCAUGUGGUUGGUCUGGAGCCCUGUGGCAAGGAGAGUGUGCAUGCUUGGUGGAGCAGGGUUGCUGGAGUAGUCUGAAAAAAAGCAGAUGAGCUGGCCUCUGGAGACAAAGCUGUGUGGCGAGACUGCUGGUUUAAUGGGCUCUGAACACCAAGAACGGGGCUGGGAGUCUGAUACUUGGGGGCUGAACUGAGUCCUGUGGCCCAGGAUUGUUGCCUGGAAGUGAACGUUCCGUCUUGUGCCAUUGAGAUUGUGAAGAUCUCUGGGUCCCACAGGACAAGCAGUAGACCUGGAAGGCUGGAAAGAGGCUCCCCAGCUGCCUGCCUUGGGAGGUCAGAGCUCUCAGGUGGGUCGGCAGGCCAGUGUCGGGCUGGGGGAGGGAGGUUGUAGUAGAGUGCCUGUGGCCCAGCUUCUCUGGCCAAUUGGCUCUGAGUGCUGCUGUGUGCCCAGCAACCUUUCCCUGCGGUGUUUUUCUGCCAGUUGUUGGAACUUGUAGAUUAGUCACUGAGCUUUUACGACCGAUUCCUGAAAAGAAAAAUCUCCCUCUGGUUGCUGCCUCUGUGUAGAGGAAGAAGCAGCCCGAGGGAGUCAGGCCUUUAAUUAAAGCAAAACCGAAAUGAUUGUCGAAGUUGCUGGAAGGAGAAGAGAAGGCUCAGGUGGGGCAGGGGUGAUGAGUCCUGUUGUGCUGCAUGAUACCUGCUCUGGGGACAGGUAGGCACGAUCCCAUCCUCGAUCCUCGGUCUUGGCCAGCAGCCCAGCCUUCUCCACAAGCUGCAGUCCUGGAUUAAUCCUCACGUAGUGUUUUCUUUCCGUAGAUCAGAUUUCUCAUUUUGUUAAUAAGCGCAGCCUCCCAUCCACUUGAAGUCAGCUGUUGUGGACGAGAAGCAACAGGGUUUUGCAUUAUUGAGCUGAUAGCCUGCUGCCUUCCUCAAGUCCUUGUUGUUUGCGGGGUCAGAUCUGAGGGGUGGGGGAAGUGCCAUUUAAUCAGCAGCUAGCCCCUGGAGAAGAGCUGGCGGGGCAGUUCUGGAGAGUGAGAGCCGUGAGGAAGGAAUAAAGUUCAGUUUACCCAGGGGACUUGUGGUUCCAACCUUAUUGCUUGGUCUGUUGGCCUGGAGCAGUCAGCCCCACCCCAUACCUUGUCUUGCCCGCUGCCCCCAGUACCUGAUCCCUAGGAGAGCGGGGUGCUUCUUCCUGGGCUGCUCUUGCUGGCCUGGGAGGCAGCUUUCACCACCGGAAGAAAGAACACAUUGGGUUCCUCCCUUGUCUCCUUUGAGACUGGCCUAGGAGGGACCCCUGUGGGGCAGUGAGAGGGGAACUGGACUUGGUCGCAAAGUCUAGUGCAUUGCUGGCUCUGCCAUUUACUCCCGUCAUGACCUUGAGCAGUGAUUGACUCUCCUGCCUCGUUUUUACAAUGGGAACAGAACUUGAGUUUACCUUCAUGUAUCGCUGUUUUCUGGAGUUCAGCCUACGGAAGGCAGACACUCAACAAAUGAUUAUAAGAUGGGGUGAUAAGGGCUGGCAUCUAGCGGAGCGCAGAGGGCAUAGCGGUGGUGUGGGAGGAGCCGGCCGUGGGCUGGCUGAGAACCCUGGAUGCCAUGUGGGUUGGGGUUGGCCUGGAGGGGAGGGGUUUUAACCAGGAAGUGACUGCUGCUGGGUUUUAAAAGGCAGUAGUAGGGUGGAGGGUGGCAGUGGAGACAGCUGGAGAGCACUGAGGACGCGGACCCACGGAUACUGUGUGAGCUGGGAAGCCCGCUUGGGAGACCCCACUGCCAGCCAGGUGACCAGGCAUUGAUGCACCCCCAGGAAGGCCACGCUCUCAGGAGGCCCCCCCCCGGCUGGCUGCUGCUCACAUGGUGUCUGGGCCCUUGGCACUCCGGUGGUGCGCGUGGGCAGGGCGUGGGGACAUGGGGCCCGACAUGGAGCUGCCCAGCCACUCGAAGCAGCUCCUGCUGCAGCUGAACCAGCAGAGGACCAAGGGCUUCCUGUGUGACGUCAUCAUCAUGGUGGAGAACUCCAUCUUCCGGGCCCACAAGAACGUCCUGGCCGCCAGCAGCAUCUACUUCAAGUCCCUGGUCCUGCACGACAACCUCAUCAACCUGGACACAGACAUGGUCAGCUCCACGGUGUUCCAGCAGAUCUUGGACUUCAUCUACACAGGCAAGCUGCUGCCCAGCAACCAGCCAGCCGAGCCCAACUUCAGCACCCUCCUCACUGCCGCCAGCUACCUCCAGCUGCCCGAGUUGGCAGCCCUCUGCCGCCGCAAACUCAAGCGAGCCGGCAAGCCCUUUGGCUCUGCGCGGGCGGGGUCCGCUGGCAUGGGGCGGCCCCCCCGCAGCCAGCGGCUGUCCACGGCCUCUGUCAUCCAAGCUCGGUAUCAGGGUCUCGUGGAUGGGCGUAAGGGGGCCCACGCCCCCCAGGAGCUCCCCCAAGCCAAAGGCUCAGACGAUGAGCUCUUUCUUGGUGGCUCUAACCAGGAUAGUGUGCAAGGUCUGGGCCGGGCUAUCUGCCCAGCUGGUGGGGAGGCGGGCCUGGGGGGCUGCAGCAGCAGCACCAACGGGAGCAGCGGGGGCUGCGAGCAGGAGCUGGGCUUGGACCUGUCCAAGAAAAGCCCACCCUUGCCCCCUGCCACCCCAGGUCCCCACCUCACUCCCGAUGACCCAGCCCAGCUAAGCGACAGCCAACAUGGCUCACCCCCUGCGGCCUCUGCCCCUCCCGUUGCCAACAGUGCCUCUUAUUCUGAGCUGGGGGGCACCCCCGAUGAGCCCAUGGAUCUGGAGGGGGCUGAGGACAACCACCUGAGCCUGCUGGAGGCGCCUGGCGGGCAGUCUCGGAAGAGCCUCCGGCACUCAACUCGGAAGAAGGAGUGGGGCAAGAAGGAGCCUGUGGCUGGCUCCCCCUUUGAGCGGAGAGAAGUGGGGCCCAAGGGUCCCUGCCCGGGAGAGGAGGGUGAGGGGGUCGGGGACAGGGUUCCCAAUGGCAUCCUGGCUGGUGGGGCUGGCCCUAGCGGGCCCUAUGGGGAGCCCCCCUACCCCUGCAAGGAGGAGGAGGAGAACGGCAAGGAUGCAAGUGAAGACAGCGCGCAGAGCGGGAGUGAGGGGGGCAGCGGCCACACCAGCGCCCACUACAUGUACCGGCAGGAGGGCUACGAGACGGUGUCCUACGGGGACAACUUGUACGUGUGCAUCCCCUGCGCCAAGGGCUUCCCCAGCUCCGAGCAGCUCAAUGCGCACGUGGAGACUCACACGGAGGAAGAGCUGUUCAUCAAGGAAGAGGGGGCCUACGAGACAGGCAGUGGGGGCGCCGAGGAGGAGGCCGAGGACCUUUCGGCACCCAGUGCGGCCUACGCGGCUGAGCCCCGGCCCUUCAAGUGUUCGGUCUGCGAGAAGACCUACAAGGACCCAGCCACACUGCGGCAGCACGAGAAGACGCACUGGCUGACACGGCCCUUCCCCUGCAACAUCUGUGGCAAGAUGUUCACGCAGCGCGGCACCAUGACGCGUCACAUGCGGAGCCACCUGGGCCUGAAGCCCUUUGCCUGCGAUGAGUGUGGCAUGCGCUUCACCCGUCAGUACCGCCUCACGGAGCACAUGCGUGUGCACUCGGGCGAGAAGCCUUACGAGUGCCAGCUGUGCGGGGGCAAGUUCACCCAGCAGCGCAACCUCAUCAGCCACCUGCGCAUGCACACUUCCCCCUCUUAGAAGCCAAAGACCCGCGGGCGCCCUCUGCCACCUUGCUCCCCGGGAACCCAUGGAAGGAGAAGCGAGGUGAUGCAGUAGCAGGGGCAAGACCCUGGGUCCAGUGGAGGCUCCGGGUGGCCCCUCUGGCCCCCACUGCCCACACCCAGAGCUUUAAUGGACAGUCCGUACCAAGCAGAGCCGAGAGGAGGGAAGCCAGGGGUCCCAGCCCGUCUACCUCCCCAUCCACCCAGGACCCCAGCUCCCCGCGGGGGCCACCACAAGGCCUGUGGGCUGGGUCACGUGGGUCUCGCUGGGACCUGGUCCCUUUGUUGCAGGCGGCUUGGAGAAAGAGGGCAGUGGGACGCUGGCCACGGCCAGGGUGGUGUUGGGAGCAGGCCUCACCCCGCUAGCCGUGUCUGUGUGUGUGCACGUGUGCUUGUGUCUGUGCGGGCGCGUGCAGCCCUGGUUCUGCAGGGAACUGGUGCUGGGGGUGCACAUCUCUCCCUUCUUGAGCCAGGGUGGCACUGCUCACUGGCGCUGGGACAGUCAGGGUGACCCCACCGCCUACCUCUCUACAACUAAAGAGCCCUCUGGGCCUGUGUUGCUGUUAUUCCUACUGAUCUGUUCCUCUAUUUUUCUUUUUGAUUUUUGUUUUUUAAACCAAAACAAACAAUAGCUUAUUUUCUUCCCGCCCCCUCCGGGGCUGAGCCUGGGUCUGAAGACUGAAUGUAACAGGGGCUGCUGGCCCUCCUGCGCGUCCCCCCGGCUCUGGCGCUGCAGGGGUGUCGGCGCGCCACCUCUCCAGGCCCCAGAAGCCCUUCUUGCCCAAAGGCUUCCCUGGUCCCUGAGCCCUGCCUCGGCUGCCUCAGGAGAGAGUGCUUUUCCUGUAGUUUCCAAGGAAUAUUCUUUGUUUAGAGGUACUUGUUUUUUAUUAAGAGAAAAACCAGUGUAACGUUUAUGUGACUGUUUGAACUGGAAGGUCUGGGAUUCCGGGGGGUGGGGGGAGGCUGGACUCGAUGCCGGGGCCGUUGGUACUCUUGUUUUCAUUUGUGUGUAUGUGCGCGCGCGCGCGUGUGUGUGUGUGUGUGUGUAUGUGUGUUUGUGUGUGUGGUGUGUGCCGUACGCAUGGGCAGAUGUUUCGCUUUCCCUCCCUCCUCACUGAACAAGGUGAAGACUUCUGACCUUUUGCUACCUCUUGAAUUCAUGACAACAGUAUGUUGGUGACUGGCAGUGGAAGCCCUUGACACUCUUGUUUUCCUCCGCUUAGCACCCAGGAAGUCGUGUGCAGGAGCCAGCAGGGCGCCGAGUGGCCCAGUGCCUGCAGCUCACCUGUGGGUUUUCCCUUUGAGCUUUGGGCCACAUCCACCCCGAGGGGACCCUGGCACCCUGGGCACACGAGUCUGUUUGUGGUAUAGGUGAGGGGUGUCAGGCCCCAGCCUGGAGCCAGGCACUGGGUGCUGACAGGGGAACCAUGAGGAGGGUGGCAGGUCUUCGCAGCUCCCGGCCAGGGUGAGGCGGAAGUGAACCCUCAUCCUGCCACUCCUACCCUCCAUUCCUGCAAGAGUUUGAGCUUGAGAGAGCUGACCACAGGGCUCCCCAGGGAACAGGGAUGGCACUUCCCUGAGCAGUCCUGGCCUCCGGCCACCGUCUAGUGGCCCACCUCUCGCCCCUCAUCUUGGGCUUCCUCAGCCAGCCUCAGAUACUUCAUGGGCCCUGAAGUGGGCUCUCAAGGCCAGACCCAGGUUGCUGAUCUCAGUGCCACUGUCUUCAGCCAGCUGAAGCUGUGUGGCUGGGCUGGCAGCCUUUAUCAUCAUCUUGCUUCACCAAUUUUUUUUUUUGUUUGUUUUCUCUCUUUUCAUCCUGUUUUAAGUUUAGACCAAAAAAAUACAGUCAUCCCCUACCCCCACCCUUCUAGAGACCCUCCAGCUAAAAACAGAGCCUGAGUUCAGGGACCCAAGUGGUGAGUGGCGUGUUUUGUGGGUGAGGGAGCUUGGGCAGAUGAGGCUCUUGGCUGAGCCCUCCCUGUGGCGAUCCCAGCCUGAGACAGCCCUUCUUCCCUCCUGGUGGGAAACAGAGGACGACCCUGAGUCUCAGGUGCCAGCAAGUCAGGCUAGGGACCUGGGGGGACGAGGCCCGUGGACUCCACCCAUACUCAGUGAGGGGGCCCCUGCUGUCCUGACGCCACCCCACCCCAUCAGCACUUAAGCCACACGACACAAAGUCUGUACCGCACGGGAAAUGUGCAUGCGCCUGGCCGUGUGCGUGGCCUCCCGGGCUGUGGGCAGCUGCAUCUGUGAGGUGACUUGUAAAAGUAGGUGAUUCCUUUGCAGAACUUCAGGGACUGGGAGCAGAGGCCCCUCACUCAACGACGUUUGUGCGACAUAGUAUUGUACCCACCUUAGUAUUGUAUCGAGACUUUUCUGUAUUUUAAUGAGAAAGCAGAACACUAGUUUCCUAUUUAAGACUUUAAGGGUUUGUGGGGCGGGGCGGGAUUAACACAACAUUUGGCUUUGUUUUCUUUUUCCUUUGAUUUCCACGUCAGGUGUGUGCGACUGUGUGUGUGUGUGUGUGUGUGUGUGUGUGUGGAGAUGUUAAGAGCCUCACAAGGAAACUGGGUUAUUGGAGGCCAAGGCGGCUUACAGUUCUCUGCGUUCGUCACUUAAUUCCUGAAUGUUUCGGAGAAACAGGAAUCAGAAAAUAGCAGAUAUCAUGUAGGAAAGAGAGGAUAAACAAAGAAAAAAGAAAAAUAAGCUCAUACCCAAAUUCACAAAGCCUAUUUUUUAAACCAAAGCACAUUUUGAAUGAGUAUGGAACCUCCAUGGGCUCAGAAAAAAGAUACUAAUAUAUUUAUCUCAUUGUUUACAUAAGCUUUUACAGUUUCAGACCUCAGCAGCUGUAAGGCCAGUCCAGGGAACCCUCCCCUGCUGCUGGAAGCCCUUCUGAGUUGGCCCUGGAGUGGCUCAUGGGCAGAGAAGGGUAGCCCUGGGGCUGGGGAAGGGAUUGGAAGCCUCCCUGGAGUCACCUGAGCCCUCGUCCCCAUUCCCAGGGCCCCUCCAAGCCCAGCUGGCACCAAAGAGCUUGGGCCCGUGCUGAUCAGCCCCCAAGGCCCUCUGGCCGGACCACGCUGGUCCUGACCAGCUAGCCUACGUGGGGAUGGCCAUCAGUUCUGGCCACAGGACCUGAGUCUGGGCUUGGGUCCCCCUGCUGCUCUGCCCGUGACCCUUGGGGAUGGGUUGAUGUGAGGGGUCCCACUCAAGCCAAAAAGCCGGGACCUUUGCACAGCUCAGUCGACUCUUGUGGGUCCCCACUCCUGGGGACCCCCUAACCCCACCCCAGGCAGCGGAAGGGGCUGACUGGGUCUGGCCCUUACCAACAGACGGUGCAAACACUCUUAACAGUGUUGUUUUUGUAUCAAUAUGUUUGUGCAGUGAUGAAUGUAUUUAUUUCUCAGACUUGGGGCGAGUGAGCGGGUGGCAGGCCGGGUUCCGCCACUGCACACUCCCGCUGGACCGAGCCCCAGCAAGGGCUCCUCCAGGAUUGCAAAAAAAAGGAAGAGAAAAGAUGAACCUUUAAGCAAAUAAGAAUCUCAGAGACUCGCAGCAUAGCCAUACACCUCAGCCUGUGAAAUGAACAAUCCGGACCCUCACCGACUUUCCCCACCUCAGGCAGCCGUGUGUGUUUCCCGUUCAUCACCACUCGGGGGCACCGGGCCGCCCACCCACUCCCCCAAUCUGUCAGUAUUCACUGGACCUCAGGCCCUGUGCAGGAGUGCGAUCCGGGCUGGGCUGCUGGGCAGGCUGACCCCCUGCCCUCCUGCGGCCAUCCUGAGUUGGGGUGAGGCCUGGGCAGCCAGAGGGCAGGGCUCAGGGAGCAGGAGGCUGCAUCCGUCCACCCCCCAGGCGUGGGGGACAAAAGCCAAAGGUGCCAGGCCUUAGAGCAGACCAGGGCUCUCAGCCCUGGCAUGCCCCCUAAAGGGACCAAGGUCCUCCUAUUUCCCAGAACCCUGUUGGGGUAGAUGUUACUGAACCUGUGAAUCAGAUGCUAGGAGUGAGGGGCUGGGGAGGGACCUAACUGGAGCCUCAGUCUGACAUUCCACACCGGGGCGGGGGUGGGCAUGAGCCGUGGGAACUGAGGCUGCCCAGGACCCCCUUCCUAGGAUGCCCCGGCUUCAGUCACCCCACUUUAACUUUCUACCAGGACCCCCUCCCCCUACCUCACCUUGCUAUUUAUUGCUGUAAUUUAUUGACCUCAAAAAUGCUGCAUAACAGACCUCACUGGGGCAGGGAGGAUCCCCAGGGCUCCCACCCUCCACUUGGCGGGCCCUGUGGGGCCAGGUGCUGAGGGGAGCCUCUCUACCCCACCCAUCACUAGCUUCCCUCUGCCCUCCUCCACCCUGGCGGGGAGUGGGGGGCCAGGUUGGGCACUGGCUCAUUUCUCGCAAAUACCUCGAAGGGGAGGGGGGAGGGAUGGGGUUAUAGCUGUUUUGUUUAAUUGGAACUGGAAGAGGGAUCAUGUUUUGUUUUAUGCCCUUCCCGGAAUGGGGGAGGGACACCAGGAUCGCACUCCUGUACUGGCCACCGCCGCUGUCACUCGUCACAUUGAGUUCGUGUCCCUUGAGAGUUUGUAUAAAUUCAGGUCAGAGCUGCAGCUACACAGCUGCCCAGUGUCAUAGAAAAGCAAUUCACCAACGACUGAUCUCUCCAUUCAGAAGUGUGCAGUCUUAAUGUACAGCAAUGAGAAACUGUUAUUUUAUGAUCUUUUCAUUAAAAGCUUGAUUGAAAA